AUGGCUUUCUGUCCCGGUGAAAGAGGCCUUUACGUCCUGCAAGCUCAAUGCACGGACGUCCGGCUCCUCGGGCAAGCUGCCAGACAAGAGUGGCAUUCUGAGGCACGAGAUCUCCCCCGGAUCACCUCGAUGUUGGAUAUCGACCCGGAAAAGACAGCCGUUCGUAGUCAGGAUUGCUUCACAACAAGAGUCAAGCGACUAGCCAAGGUGUUUCCUCGCCCGCUGUAUACAACGUUCCACGUACAUUUCUACGAGCACGACGCAGCCAACACCUUCGAUGAAGUUGCUGAAGGGAAGCCGAGCUCACCGGUACCACCACGUCAGCGGAGCAUACCCAUCUCCCUUGGAAUGCCACGCUGGCGCACCAAACCUCCGAAACCAGCGCACACUGCGACCGCUACCGUCACCACCGCCCGUAUACCGAGCGAGACAAGGCUCAGCGAACCGUAUGAGCCGGACGUUCGUCCGAAUUCGAGAAAGUUGCGAAUGGAACUGCGUGGCCACAAACAGGAGUGA